AUGAAGGUUCCUCUAAAUUCCUCGACGCUGAAGAACAUCUGGCAAAUCUGCGUUCAGGGCAGCAAUCUCCUGCGCCUGUCAGUCCGUGUUCAGGGCAGCAAUCUCUUGCGCCUAUCAGUCCGUGUUCAGGGCAGCAAUCUCCUGCGCCUGUCAGUCCGUGUUCAGGGCAGCAAUCUCUUGCGCCUAUCAGUCCGUGUUCAGGGCAGCAAUCUCUUGCGCCUGUCAGUCCGUGUUCAGGGCAGCAAUCUCUUGCGCCUAUCAUCUGACCGUCUUCUCCUGUUUUGUGUUUUACAGAAGUACAGGCACCACGAUGAGGACUCGUCCCCGCAGGAACAGAGCUCCCCCCAGCUGACGGAGGAGGCCGGGGGGGCGGAGCUUGUCCAGGUAGCAGAGAAGAACCUGUCCCAGAUCGAGAAUGUGCACGGAUACGUCACCCACGCUCACAUUUCACCCAUGAAGGUAGCAUCUCUGGAGUGCAUCUAUGACGGACAGCACCUCCCGGAGCUCCCCUCCCCCACGUCCUCCACCCUCUACCCCCACGGAGAAGACAGCCCCCUCCCCUCCUGCUCCUCCAACCCCUACCCCCCAAUCCAGGUAAACAAACCCUUCCCACCACCCUAUCCUACCUGUUGUCAUAGUAACCUCAAACUUCACUAUCCCCUCACUUCUGCUGUUUACAUCUCACAAUAUUUCCAUCUUCAUUUUGAGACUCUAACCCUCUAGUCCACCUUAAAAACACGCUGCUGGGGGUGCUGGUGCUGCUGGUGCUGUUGGUGCUGCUGUUUG